AUGCCUGAAGAUUCAGGGCUUCAUGAGGCUCUGCAGACCGUGGACGAUCGGAAUCCGCAUCGCGACAAUGCGAGUCAUAUCCCUGCCACGUCAGGCGCGACUCUCCUUCCACGGCCCGUUGCCUCGCUGGUGUCCUUCUUCGCUCAAUCAACGUCGCUUUCGCUUCGCCUGGGAACAUACGUUGGUGGAGCUGCGAUCGGUGGGGCAAGGGUGACCACGUUGACGGGCUUGGAACUGAGCAGAGCUGUCAUCGAAGGCGUCUUGUCGCGCGCCGGUCGCGAGAUUGCAGGGCGCAGCAACAGCGAAUAUGGCAGGCUAGAAGCUGAAUCGCUGCUGGAACGGAGUCUGGCUACUCUGCAUUCGACCAUCACGUCCGCAUCGUUCUUCGCAUCUGCAAGUUUUCAUUUUUCUGAAGCGGCGCUGUCAUCGAUUUCGAACCUGUCGCAGAACCUCCUAUCAACGCUCGACGCAAUCCUUGGCUCAACAGAGUCGUCGCGCGCUAUCGCGUCUAUAAUCACCCUCGUCCGCAGAGAGUUCGGGAAGAACGAGACGGGGAAGGAUGUUGACAAGGUUGGGGUUGGAGACCUGCUGGUCGGGUCCAUCGGGUUCGCAUUGCUACAACGAUGGGGACGAAGAAACUCGGAGAGGGAACUGCGCGAAAGCGAAGGCGAAGUAACCAUCUGGGAUGUCGUGAUCUUAGACAACGGAGUGAGGGCCGAUGUUAUCGGAACGCAGACCACCGAGUAUGCAAAGAGCGUCUCUAAUGACCUAGAAGACUCUGCUCGCCCGGCUUCGUUCUUAUCCCCUGGGGAGGAUGAAGACACUUUCAGUGCGAUGGAACGAACGAAGUCUGUUACACCCGGUGCAAGCUCUCACUUGGCACUCCCAGCUGGGGACCAAUAUCAGUUAUCAGACGAGGACAUCCGUCUCUACAUCAUGAGACAGCUGCCACAGGGUAGCCACGCUUCGAUUAGGACAGAAACUGUGACCGACCGUACCAUAACUGUUGACAUUUUCGACGAUGAUGUCGCAGAGAUAGCUGCGCCGCCGGGGACUAUGAUGAUCGAGGAGAGGUUUCACAAUGACCAAAGCUCUGUUGGUACCCAACGCCUACCAAAACAUACUGUGGUGUUCCGUACCACGUUGAAUCACACCCAGAGCUCAGAUCUGCGACCGGAGAGCUCUGAUCAUCCCAUUUUACCCGAAUCGGACGCCACAGAAGAAGCCAAAACAGAUGCAAGGGUCGAAGAGAUCUGCGACAUCAAAGCUUUAGAUCUGGAGGACUCCCGCAGCGGAAUCAGUGGAUAUGAUGAUGAGCAUGGCAAUGACGCAACCCAGGAUACCACUCCCUCGAUGUUGUCGCCAAGGAAAAGUAGAGACGGUCAUCGUCACAAAACCCGGAGAAUCCAGUCACCAGAAGGAAACUCUGCGGAUACUAAUGCCUCGAAGGUGGUACAAAAGCGGCCUCGUCGCGUCCUCAGCUCCUCAUCUCUUAGCGGCUCGGACACGCCCAAGAGCACGUUUGGGAAGACUUCUUUUGCGAAGAUUGCGCAGAAAGUAAAGUCGACACCUGGAGAGAGAUCAGAUGGAAAUAAGAGAUCUUCGAUGAAGAAAGGGUCGAGAAAGUCUCUUGACACAAGUGCCUCCACGGCAUUAUCAAAGGCCAACAAAAGUCCGAAGGAGUCCGCCUCCAACAGGGACUCGACCGCGACACAAAGUCCGUCAAGUAGAUCGACGGCCAAAGCGAAGCAGACGAGCACAUCGCGAAAUCCUGGGCAUCGUCGAGGCUCAGUGAACUUGAACAAAAGCCUGCCGCGAGUUCCACACCAAGAUACUGCAGCAUUUCGAUCAACGCCAUCCCCAACCGCAAGCAGAUCGCACCACCGGGAGUUGCCCACCCAAACGUCUUCGAGAACGGACUAUAUUUCCGUGAAGGAAACGAACAGGGAGUCCUUCGUCUCUCAGACGGAUUCGUACUCGCUGCGCUCCGUUGAGACUCGUCCUGGUUCCGCCUCGUAUACCCGGACUCAUUUCCGCAGCAGCAGUUCCAUGUCUCGAACCAGAUCCGAAGAUAUCACUGUGUCGCUGAAUGAUGAUAUGCGGCCCGUCUCUCCUAACGCUCACAGACGACCUAGAUCGUUUGCUCCCAGCAUCUACUCCCUAGCGGCGACCGGUUCGGAGACAUCACUCAUCCUUGCCCCUCGGCCGCGCAAAAGCGUCUACGAAGACCAGUCGACGAUCAUAGCACUUAAUCGCAAUGGGAAAGUGCCCGGGAUCUUCCCCGACAACCACCUGGUAAACAACAUUCGUCGAUUUUGCCGUUUUUCCUCGGCGUCAUACGGAUCGAACGCUCUCAAGGUGAUGGGUGUUCCUCAUACUACGAAGACGAUUCAGUUCUACGAUUCAGACAAUCACGAACACAGUUCCUUUUCCAAUCUCACAGGUCUCCCUCCGUCUACAAUUCUCCUUUCGUCCUAUCUGGAUCCUGCAGGCGGCUCCAACGCGGCUGGCGAAACGGAAUCGGGAUUUCCUCUCGUUCAUUAUCUUUGCCUGGAUCAUGAAUCCAAGGCUGUCGUCCUCACUCUCAGAGGCACUUGGGGCUUUGAAGAUAUCCUGACGGACAUGACGUGCGACUACGACGAUCUUGAGUGGCAGGGCAAAAAUUGGAAGGUGCAUAAAGGCAUGCAUGCCUCCGCGAGGCGUCUCCUGGAAGGAGAGGGCGGCAAAGUCAUGGCGACGAUAAGGGCUGCCCUCGAAGAGUUUCCAGACUACGGAGUUGUUUUCUGCGGCCAUUCGCUGGGCGGUGGCGUUGCAGCGCUUCUUGCAACGAUGAUUUCAGAGCCCAAUAGUGACCCGUACGGGCCUUCGUUUGUCACCGCUUCGACUCUCACCGCGGCUCGGCCGCUGCUUUUGACUGCCAACCAUCAGCAGAAGGCAGCUAGAAGCUUCUCCCUCCCUUCAGGUCGCCCUAUCCAUGUGUAUGCAUAUGGACCGCCAGCUGUGAUGUCCCCGUUCUUGCGACGUGCUACACGCGGUCUGAUCACCACCGUGGUGAAUGGGAAGGACAUUGUGCCCAGCCUCUCUCUGGGAACGUUACAUGACUUCCGGGCCGUGGCUCUGGCGUUCAAAAACGACACGACUGGCUCCAAAUCGCAGAUUCGCUCCCGUGUCUGGGAAGGACUGAGGCAGAGCAUCCUGAACAAAUUCUAUGUCAACCAGCCACCCAUGUUCAUGAAUGCUGGUGAAGGCUUUGGCGAAGACAGUUGGGCGUGGUUCGCGCUGAAAAGCCUGCGCGAGGAGAUGGUCGCUCCUAAGCUGAUGCCGCCGGGGGAAGUAUUCGUUGUGGAGACGAUGCGCGUUUUGCAACGCAACGCCUUCACUUCAGACACUACCGGCGAUGGGUAUCCUCAGCUCGGAAGGCCCGCCACCAGGGUACAGUUCAAAUUUAUCCGGAACGUCGAGGCAAGGUUCGCAGAACUGAGAUUUAGCUCGGGAAUGCUGAGCGACCACAAUCCUGCCAGAUAUGAAGCCAGCUUGGCGGCACUCGCCCAGGGAGUGCUAGAUGAUUAA